AUGGGUCCUAUAAAGCUAUCAAAUCCACCUCUGCUCACGACUGCACUCGGAAGAUCGACCAUCACUCACGGUGCGAAGAAACCAUUUCGAUUCUUGGAUCUCCCGAAGGAUAUACGUCUCAUGGUGUACGAGGAGCUGGGCAUGAAAACGUACCGAGACAGGUUUCCUCUUCGAUAUGACCAACAUUACGUGACGCUCGUCAACACAGUCACCCCAGGUCUCGCAAUUCUCGCAACUAGCCGUCAGAUCCGAGCAGAAGCAUCGUCAAUCAUUAUACCACGGCUGCGAAUGAUAUUGGGCUCGCCGCCAGUCAUUUCCAUUCGAGCUGAGCAUCUCGUUAGUUUAAUUGAUCUACACGACUGCUUCAGCUCCGUCUACGGUACGAAGUUCAUGGAGAGACUCAUAUUCUGCUUGCAUGAUCCGAGAGCAUUUCCCAGAAUGAUGUGUUAUCGAAGUGGACAACUUUCGACGAAGCAGUUGCGGAGAAGGCUUCGCCUACAAGGACUCAUCGCAAUCGGUGAUGACGCAAGUCUCAAAGGGUUCGUGCGAUUCGCUCUCCGCGCCAUGAAAUACCUAGCGAGCAAUGCCAACCAGACCCGUCACGUAUAUCCGCCGCUUACGUUCGUAGUCGAAGUCCCAGAUACCUUCCAAGCAAUACCCGUCACAACAUCCACCUCCUUCCUGGAAUGUCUUUCGUAUAGGCUCUUUUCCCCAUUGAUUCCUACCCCACCACGAACGGUGACAAAUCACGCAGGCAUCAUGUGGCUACUUCGCCGUUUUACUUCCCACAGCUCCAAAGCUUGUGAGCUGUGGCGCAUAGUUUCGCUUAUUGUGAAAGUGAGGCUACUGGACGAAGGACAUACUGGGUUGCGAAUUAGCGGACGCAACGUUCAAAAAGCGAUUUCGCGCGGUCUAGAGGAAGGAAGGAGUAAUGCUGCCAAUAUAGUAUGUUAUGGAGGAAGGGCUCCGAGGAAGAUGGAAGAGAUUUGA